AUGAAUGAGUGUGAAGGGGGUACCUUUGGCAUUGAUUGUCUUCAGCAAUGUCAAUGUGCUGCAGAAGCUUGCGAGACGGAGAGGGGUCAUUGUAAUGGACAAUGCCUUGAUAGCUGGUUUGGACCGUAUUGUCAAAGAAUAUCCAGAUUGGUUCCAGUGAGAGUGAACCCAUACCAACCAUCUAGCUUCACAUGUUAUGUUGAGGGUAUCCCACUUCCCGAUGCAUCCUCAGUUGAUCUGUACAGACGUACUGGAGACACCAAUAACAGGACAGGAAUCACCAUGAGAUCAAGCACUGUCUCAGGGUCAGAACGAGCUGUUGUCUUUGAUGUUGAUAGUGUGUAUCCACUGGCAGAUGGGGGAUACCAGUGCAUUCUUACUGUUGAAAAUACAGGCUAUCCCAGUACGCUCAUUACCAACGCAACCUAUGCAAUGCUUAAACAGGAAGGAAAGGGAGUUGUAACUCACAAACCAGCUAUCUCAGCAGAAGACAUGGACAAAAUCCAAGGUUCGCUUGAUUUGGAUGAUCCUGUGGGUCUUCAGGACAAGGCUUACACCCACCAUUGCCUAAGGGCAACCAGCAUCAGUACCCUACAAAAUGCUGGGUUCAGAGAAAGAGAAAUCAUGAGUGUCUCCGGACACAAGGCGGAGACCAGUCUCAAACACUAUGCUAUGACCAGCAGUACAGCCAAAGAAAACAUGAGUCAUGCUAUCGCGGCAGCCGUUGAUCCGAAAUCAGUACCAUCGUCAUCAAACAUAGGUCAUGGUAUCGCGGCAGCUGUUGAUCCGAAAUCAGUACCAUCGUCAUCAACAACAUCUACUGGUGGUCAGCGUAGUGAAAGCCAGGAACUGCGGGAACUAAAUGACAUUUUCAAUGAGAUCACAAAUAACCCAGAGAACUUCCCACGCACAUGCAACAUCACUACAAUUCUGCCAGUCAUUGAGAAAGCACCAGUGAUAUUGAGCACCACGUCAACUACAGUUGGUCUUCGAUGGAAUGAAUGGUCUGAAGAAGAUGACGUAGGUGAUCCUCCUCUGGUAGGAUAUGAUGUCUUUGUAAAGAAGGAUGGUGACUGGGUAACAGAUCAGAGAGUAGAUCAACUAACAACAUCAGCCAUCGUUAGUAACCUGACACCCGACACAGAUUACAGGUUUUGUGUAGCAGCAGUGAGGGAAGGAACAGGUGGAACAGGACCCGAGUCUCCUAGGAGCGACACAAUAACUCUCUGUAGAAAACCCAGUGCUUCUCCAACUGGACUACAAGUUUCAGCCAUCAACCCUAAAGAGCUAGAGGUGACAUGGGAGCACCUCCCGUCGGAAUCAGCAGAAUGCAGGAGUGGAGUGACCCAUUAUAUUAUCUACUACGCUCCCCCUGGUUCAACUUCUUCAAACUCUAUCCUAGUUUUUCGUGACACUAGCUCCUACACGAUAAGAGGGUUAGACACCUAUCUGGACUAUACCAUUCAAUUGACUGCAUUAAAUAAAGACGAGGAGGGUGACAAAAGCAGUGAGACUAUGAGCAAAACACUUGAAGAAGUCGCGCCUGCUCCUAUCAAUGUGACUAUACUGCAGAGUACUACAAGUUCCUUCACUCUAUCCUGGUCUACCCCUCUACCAUCUAACAUCAAUGGUAACAUCCAGAAAUAUAUCAUCCGCUACAAGCGAACUGAUCUAGCUGGUGAUGGCAAUUAUAAGAUGGAGGAAGUAAUGACUGGUGCAUUUGAUGUGGAACAUACUGUGAUGGACCUGGCCAGUGAAAUCAAUUAUACAGUUCAGGUCCAAACUCUCAAUGGAGCUGGUUUUAGUAAUUGGUCCGUAUCAGUGAAUGCAAAGACCAUCCUCUCAGGUGAUGAUAAUGGUUCCAGGAAACCGCUAAGUGCUGUGAUAGGGGGUGUGAUAGUACCCAUCGUUCUCAUCGCAAUACUACUAAUUACUUUGGUGAUGUAUAGAAGGAUCAAGCAAAGACGUUUAGAGACUGAACCAGCCGCGUCCCCACCAAACAAUGCACGUGAGACCUCAUCAAAGUAUAAGAACCCUGUAUUUGAUGACUCAAAGCAAGACCGCAAUACCUACGAAGACCCGAAUGCUGAUACCCAUGUCUACCAAGAUCUUAAUACAGAUACCCCAAACUACCAGAAUCUUACCGACCCCCAUACGUAUCAAGAUCUAAAGAAACCCAACACCGACGAUACCUAUCUAGAACCCAUAACAUCAGAUCCGAGAGACACUUACGAAGAAAUAUAGAGACAGCCCUAGCGAGGCAGAGGCUUGUGUAUGGUGCCAGCAUUGAUACAUGCUGGAUCAACAAUAAUGAACAUGUUAUGCAAUACACAGAGUUGGUAAUAUUUAUCAAGGUGCUCAUACUUCCUUACUAUGUGCUCAUACUACGGUAGUACACUAUUUCAAUUGUUGCAAGAAUUAUAACGAAACUUAAACAGCUACUUUCAAAAUGUUAUAGAAACAGUAAAUAUCUUAUGUGGUUUUUAAAUCCUGGUACUUGGUUAGGUAAUCCCUUUGGCAGCUCACUCAGGAAGCUAUACUGGGAUGGUAGGUGAUCAUGAGGCGAGUAACUACAAUAUCACUUCUAGUUUGUAAAUUAAGGGAUGAAAGGGUAAAUUUACGUCUAAUUUCGUCAAAGUGAAUGUCAUUUACGAUGCAAAAAUGCCACUUUUCACUGAUUCAAUAUUUGUGUACAAUAAUCUUUUUUAUCUGUUUUUCACUUCAAGCUGUGUAACAUUUCUUAUCGUCAGGUUAUAAAUAUGUUUUGUACAGAUUGGUUAAACGUGUAGAUUAUAUAGAUUUAUUCAAAAUCUUGUGCCGAAGGCAGGACAAAUAUUUUGUUGUAAGCUUGUGUAAGAAUAUAUAUUAUUCAGUGUUAAGGUCUAUUACCCGCCAGCACCAUUGUCGAAAAAUUCAGUAUGAUUUCUUUAAAACACGUCGGUCACCCUUUUGCCCAAGUAACGCAUGGAAAAAUGCAUGAUAGAUAGUUCAGCCUUUGCUUGCUUUCUUCACCUUUAUGCCAUUCACCCGUUUGUCACACGUGCAAUUUUGCACAAACCAAUUAUUGACGGAAGCAUUGCUUUGUGCAACACAAUCCGGCGCUUUGUAAAAUUACUAAUUUCUGGUCUUGAUUAGCUCCGUGACAACCAUUUUAAUACUGGUACAGAUUAAUGUUGCACUGGAACUGUUAAAUAUUCAUGAAGCCUUUGAUUUAUCUAUUUCAUGAUGAAUAAUACGUGAAGCAGGGGAUUAAUUGUGUGGCAUUUAAAGAGUUAAGUCGUGUAAUAAGCUGUGAUGAAUAAAUAAAUGCAAGGAGACGCCCAGACUUUUCAGGGUUUUUUUUUCCAAGAUGGGGUGCCGAAUCUGUUAUUAUCCCUCCCAACCUCGGAAUAUUCAGACCAGCCUGAAAUAGUAAUUUGAUGCAUGUAGUUCAUUUGUUCUGAAGAUCGAGAUAUCUCUCUCUCUCUCUCUCUCCCUCUCUCUCACUCUCUUUCCUUCUCUCA